GAGAGAGAGAGAGAGAGAGAGAGAAUGGGGGAGGCAUCAGAGACGACGACGACGAUGAUAAUGAACGACGACCACCCUCCUCCUCCGCCACCGAAAAAGAAGAAGGGCCGUCCUUCGCUUCUCGAUCUCCAGAAGCGCUUCCUCCAGCAGCAGCAAAACCCCCAUUUCCUCAACCCCUCCACCGCCGCCGCCGCCCGCAGCCGUAACCCUAACCCUAACUCCGGCGGCGGCGAAGACGAUGACGAGGACGAGCGCGCCAAGAAGAAGCACAAACUCUUGUUAGGAAUUAACCAGAACCGCAAACCGACAUUGCAUUCCGAUUCCAAUCCCGACGCCGGCGACGAUCCGGAUAAGAUCAGCUCCGUCCCCCGCGGAUCCAAUCCCACGAGCAUAUUGAAAGCGACUGACAGCAGCAGUAUUCAUGGGACGCAGGUGGUGUUUGGUCCCACUACUCCUUUGCCAGACAAAAAGUUGUUGGUGUUCAUCCUUGAUAGGCUUCAAAAGAAGGACACUCGUGGAGUGUUUUCAGAGCCUGUGGAUCCAGAAGAGCUGCCUGAUUAUCAUGAAAUCAUUGAAAUCCCGAUGGAUUUUGGAACUGUGAGGGAAAAACUGGAUCAGGGAGCCUAUGCCAACUUGGAACAGCUUGAGAAAGAUGUGUUCUUGAUAUCUUCAAAUGCAAUGCAGUAUAAUGCACCAGACACGAUUUAUUUCCGACAGGCACGGUCUAUCCAAGAACUAGCAAAAAAGGACUUUGAAAAUUUGAGGCAAGACAACACUGGUGAUGCUGGUGGUGAGGUCAAACCAAAAGUUGCCAGGAGAGGCAGGCCACCUGGCAGCAAGACCAUGAAAAAGUCAAUAGACAUGGCUCCAGUUGAACGUCUUGGUUCUCAAUAUUUCUCAGAAAUGACUCUUGCCCCUGGAGGAGAGAAUUCAGGCUUGUCCAAUGGUUACAAUUUGAGAAAAGGACCUGCUUCAUACAAGUUUAGGACUGCUGACAUAUUAAACAAAGCACCGCAUGGAUCUCUUGGUGGUGAUACUUCUGCCAACUGGUUGUCUGAAUUGGAGAAUGAAUUUCCGGCUUCGGUGUUGAGGAGUGUCUUAAAGUAUGGAAAGAAACAGUUUCCAGUUGAUGAAAACAGACGUCAAACCUAUCGGCAGUCUCUGGCUUCUGAACAUGAAUCAUCUGGACUCGCUGGUAUGGAAGGAGAGUGGAACCAACUUAUGGCGGUAAGUGUUGCCGCUGAGGAGCAUGGUUAUGCAAGAAGUUUAGCUCGAUUUGCUGCAAAUCUUGGACCUGUUGCCUGGAAGAUUGCUUCUAAGCGGAUAGGAAGUGUUUUGCCUGUAGGAGUGGAGUAUGGUCCUGGAUGGGUUGGAGAAAAUGACUCAUCAAGGUCGCAGCAAUUUUCAUUCCGUGAGGGAGAGGAUAAGGUUCAGUUCGCCCCCCCUGCAUCUGAUGAUCAUAAAGACAGACUUCGAUGUCAAAGUACAUCAGGCUUAAAUUCUGUUGCAGAUAGAUAUUCACUGCAAAACAGUGUUAACACAGAAAACUUUAGAGAAGCCAAUUCCCAAAAUGGGCCGGCAUUACUUAACAGUGGCAUUAGUGGAAUACGAUCUGUGCCUCCUUUCCGGAAUUCCAUGGUUCACUCUGGUAAUCUUGGUUUGAAUAGUAGGCUUUUGUCUAGUGUUUUACCUCAACCUGAGAUUGUUAAUAUGCCUUCUACAUUAUCAGGGGCGUCAAGUUCGGCCAACACUCCAGUACCUUCUCAUCAUCAAAUGGCUGGCAUGUUUACAGAGAGCAUUAUGAACUCGCAGUCGAUGCCUAUAGGCAAUGUUGAUUCAAAUGAAGCCAAACCAGAAAUGUCCAGUAGACCAUGGAAUCCCUUCCAGGCACAACCUCAAUUGGCAUAUGGUGGGGAGACUUCUUGGCAGGGUUUAUCAAUGAACAAUAAACAGGUUACGUAUUCAUUACCCCCAGACCUGAAUGUUGAAUUCGGUGCAUCAGGUUCUCCUAGUUCUCUUAUUCAAAUUGGCAUGCCGCCACAGCCAGAUUUAGCUUUGCAACUUUGAUUGCAUGGGACAUUGGUCUCCUUUUUUUCUUUUUUUUUUCUCCUUUUAUAAAUGGAAAUUAUAGCCGAGGUGGACUCUGAAUGCCGCAAAUAUCAUUAUACAGUAGUUGAGAAAAUUUUUGUACAGGUAGUAAUUUUUUUGUUUAAAUGUUGAAAUGUAUUGUUUCAACAAUAAUCCAUAGUGGGUGUACUGUCAACAUAGCAUUC